GAAAACAGGAUUUUCAUGAUGCUUAAACGUUAAAACGGCCUGCACAACAAGGUUCAUGUGGAAAAUGGAGCAGCUGAGUAUGUACCAGCUGGUGGUAGUGGCGACAGUAGCAUUAUGCUAUUACAACUCUCUUGAAGCAGGCUUUGUGUUUGAUGAUGUCUCUGCCAUUGUCGAUAAUAAAGACCUGCGACCUCAUGUUCCAGUACAGCGACUCUUCUGGAAUGACUUUUGGGGUACACCCAUGCACAAGGAGAAGAGUCACAAGUCCUACCGGCCCUUAUGUGUGCUGACCUUUCGUCUGAACUACUUCCUUCACCAGUUAGAUACCAUGGGUUAUCACCUUAUCAAUGUCGUCCUCCAUGCUGUAGUCUGCCUUCUGUUCAUGAAAAUGUGUCGUAUGUUCCUACCAGACCUGGCAAGUUUUGUGGCAGCCUUUCUCUUUGCUAUUCAUCCGAUCCAUGUUGAAGCAGUGACUGGGGUAGUCGGGAGAGCAGAGGCCCUUUCCUCAAUUUUCUUCUUAUUGGCACUGAUGUCAUUCUCAAAGUCUACAGGAUACAGAUCUGAUAUAGGUUGGAGACCUCUGAUAUUGACAGUUAUACUUGUCACAGUGGCCAUGCUAUGUAAGGAACAAGGCAUCACAGUCAUUGGCGUAUGUUGUGUAUACGAGGUGUUUGUAGCUCAGAGGGCCACAUUUGUAGAGUUGUUGACAAUAUUGGGAAGCUUUGUGAAGGGAAAGCCAUCCAUCCCUCCCUGGCUGAAAAACUCUAUCAUACGAGCUGGUUUCCUCGUGGGUACCACACUCUUCCUUCUCUUUGCCAGAAUCAAAGUGAUGGGAGCUCAGCUCCCAGUCUUCACAAAUUUUGAUAACCCUGCCUCUCAAGCUGCCUUCCCUGCCCGACACCUAACAUUUAACUACCUCCUGCCAGUCAACAUAUGGCUCCUCCUGUGUCCUUCUGGUCUUUGCUGUGAUUGGACAAUGGGAACUAUACCCCUGGUGAAAUCCUUGCUGGAUGUGAGAAAUGUUACUACUUUGGCGUUUUACACCUGUAUGGUCAAGUUUAUUACCUACAUGCUUAGUAGCCAAGAUAAGAGGAACAGAGCUAUAAUUAUGGCGCUGACUAUGAUGGUGCUCCCGUUUAUUCCUGCAUCCAACUUGUUUUUUCCGGUUGGAUUUGUGGUGGCUGAGCGUAUCCUCUACACUCCUAGUAUGGGCUUCUGUAUGCUGGUUGCCCUGGGUUUUCAACUCCUCCUCACUCAUCACAAAAGCUUGAAGCCUAUUUUAUGGGGCUUGUUUGGUCUCCUUUUACUAACGCACGGACUAAAGACUCACCACAGAAACUGGGAGUGGAAGUCAGAGUAUACCCUAUUCAAGUCCGCCUUGAAAGUCAACCAGAGGAAUGCUAAAUGCUUUAACAAUGUUGGUCAUGCAUUGGAAAAGGAAGAACGUUACAUUGAAGCACUUGAGUACUUUGUCAAAGCUGCCAGUGUACAACCAGAUGAUAUUGGUGCCCACAUGAAUGUAGGAAGGACAUACAACACAUUAAACCAGUCAACAGAGGCAGAAAAUGCAUACAAACGUGCUAUGGAUUUGUUUCCUCCCGUCAUCCCAGGUAAAAGUUACACGACACGAGUGGCUCCAAAUCAUCUAAAUGUUUACCUCAAUCUGGCCUCCCUCGUGUCCAAGGAUCCUUCUCGCCUGGCCGAGGCCGACAAUUUGCUGAAGACAGCUAUUUCCAUGAGGCCUGACUAUGUCCAAGGCUACAUAAAUCGUGGUGAUAUUAUGGUCAAGAUGUCAAGACUACCAGAUGCACUGGAUCAGUACAAAUUGGCUCUAAAAUACGAACCAGAUAAUGCUGAUGUCCAUUAUAAUCUUGGAGUUGUUAACCUGGAGAUGGGUAAUGCAGCAGCAGCUAAGAUCAACUUUGAAGAAGCUCUGCUUCAUGAUCCAGAUCAUAUGCAAUCCUUGUACAACUCUGCUAUCAUGCUACAGGAGGGAGGGGACCCAAGAGACUGGCCUGAGGCAGACAAAAGACUUGGCAAGCUGAAGGAAUUUAACCCUGCUGAUUCCAAGGUCCACUUUACCCUAGGGAUGCUGGAAAUGGAUAGACAUGACUUUGUCAAAGCUGAGGCACACUUUAAACGCUGUAUAGAGCUGGAGGGAAGCUUUAAAAGUGCCUUGUUUAACCUUGCACUCCUUCUGACUAAUAACAUGAAGAAACCUUUGGAAGCUGUUCCUUACCUGGAGACACUUUUACAGUUUUACCCGAAUCACACUAAAGGCAACAUGUUGAUGGGUGACAUUAAUGUUAAUAACCUUAAAGAUCUGGAUGCUGCAGAAAAGAACUUCAAUCUAGUGAUUGCACUGGAGCCACUGAAUGUUCAGGCACAUCAUAACCUGUGUGUUGUGUACGUGGAGAAGCGUGACCUAUUCCGAGCGGAGAAAUGUCUCACACGCGUCCAUAACAUGGCACCAGAGGAGCAGUACAUCUUCAACCAUCUACAGAUUGUACGCACACGCAUCAAUGAUGCUAUCAAAGCUCAUAAAGAAAAACAGCGAGCUUCACAAGAGGCAGCAAUGACUGAUCAGAAUCCUUCAGGCCAGCAGCAGCAACAAGCCCAAACAAAGCCUCAACAAGCACAGCAGCAACAACAAAGACAAGAACAGCAACAACAGCAAGCAAGGCAACAGAAUCAACAACAUAAACAACCUCCCAACCAUCAACCUCCCCCACCGCUAAAACAACAGAAACCACCUAAAAAUCCAUUGCCAAAAGAAAAACAACCUAAUCCUCCUUCUCAUUCAGAUAAUUCCCCUCCUCGACAUUGAUAUAUGAUAUGUGAGAGUAAGGCUAGAUGUAAGUUGUGUUAGCUGCAUGUUUGGUAGUUGUAGGUAUGUGGAGGAUAUUUUAAGAGGAUAAGUUGUCAUUAUUGAAAUUUUGUUUUCUAAUUUUUGAUGGUUCUGAAGUGUUUUGUAGUAUGUUUUGAACAUUCCUACCCAUUAUAAGCAAUGAGAAUAAGGGUUUGCAUAUGUUACUCUAUACAUAAUUACAGUUAUCAUUGUAGACUUGAAGGUUGCCAAAACAUUACUAGUCUUUUACAAUGGUUCUAUUGUACAAGACCCAGUUGUUUAGUACCGGGUACAGAUGAUAGACCAUACCAUACAUGUGAUACAUGUAAAACUACACAAUCUAAUUUAAUUUUUAAUCCUUAAAUGGAAAAACUUAAGUUAGAUGUGAUAACAGUCUGGACAUCUGACUUUUCCUUUAUCUUGACUGCAUGUAUAGUUGUAUCAACGUAAUUCAUAAACUCAUUGGAGAAUAUGGAAGGGAGAGAACUCUAAUAUAAAUCAUAAGUGACAUUAAACAUUUAUAGCCUCCCAAGGUUAUACGUCUGUAAACUUACUGAAAUAUGUUUUUAUUAUAGGUUACUGCUCAUUGGCUGUUUCUAUGACAACAAGUCUUAUCUGUUUUACUUACUGUUAGCAAGCUGUAGAAGACUUGGAAAAAAAUAUUGUCAGUAACUUUAUGGAAAUAUUAAAUGAAUUAUUAUACAUGAACUUAUAUUUUUAUGGAACCGUAGCAGUUCUAUUUUCAUACACAUAUGUAGACUUUAUAAAAAAAAGUAAUUUUUUUCAAUUAAUAAAUCUUAUUUUAAAUAAUA